AUGAUGAACUUGUCCACUCUUCCCCUUACCUUCCUGAACGCCAUUGUCCCCACUUUGGUUGUGGCUGUCUCAGUUCACCGUUGGGUUCUGCGUAAAGAGUUUCCGGUCCAUCAAAAAGGCGCCAUUCUCAUUUCUGGCACAUCCUCUGGGAUUGGACGGGCCACUUGUGAGUGGUUGGCUGGCCAAGCAAUACCCACAAAUUACUUUCUAUGCUGGCGUUUGCCAAAUGUCAAGCAAGUCAUCCUAGUAGAUAUUACCAACCAACACCAUGCCGAUGCUGUGAUUGAACAAAUCAAAGUUGACCAGGUGCCUCUGAUUGCUCUUGUCAACAAUCCAGGGCUCGAUGACAUCAGCACAUUUGAAUUCAUGGGUGUUUACACAAUUCGGAAAAUCAUGGAAGUCAACGUAAUGGCAACCUACAUGCUAACUCAGGCAGCACUUCCAAUAAUUCAACAAAACAAAGGCAGAAUCAUUACAGUGAGUUCUGCCCCAGGACUUCUUCCAGGUGGACGUCUUCUGGCAGCAUACCAAGGCUCCAAGCAUGCCCUUGAAGCCAUGUUUGAUGCAUUGAGGGUAGAAGUAGCACCCCAUGAUGUUUCGAUGAGUCUCAUUGAACCGGGGUUCUUCUUGCAAAGCAACAGUGCGGAGCCUAGCACUGAAUUGGCCACAACUACUGGAAGCAUGGAAGCAACAUGCCAAAACAUCCAAGAUGCCAUUUUUGAAAAGUAUCCCAAACCUCGCUACCUGACCUCAAGAGUGGGAGCUUUGCCAUCAUGGCUAGCUGCCAGGGUGGUGAAUGUUUUGCCCGCUUAA